UUUAACAAGGAAGGCAGCUCACACACUUGUGUGUGUCUGAUUUGUUCACUACUGGCAAUGGGCAAAUGCUGCAAAUGCAACGGGAGACUUCUGUGCAUGUGCCUGCUGCCCUGCAUGAUGACCGGCCACCUCCUGAUUUACAUCAUGGUGUCCAUAUUUGUCACCAUCUCCUACACCCCUCCAAAAAUAACCAUUCACUAUAUUGCAUCUGGGAUUUCUGCUAACUCCUCUGCAAUGGCCUCUCACCCACUUGGCCCAUUCUGGAACCUUCGUCUGGAGGACAGUGCACUGUGGAACCAGCUGCAGCACGCUUGGGACCGCCAGCAUAACCCAAUACUGCUAGGAAACGCCACUGGGAUCUUGAGGAAGAAAAAGAUUUUAGCCGAAGUCGAAGAUGAAUGCCUUUCUGACUGCAUGUCGCACAAGUGUUCAAUCCCUCGUGUCCAUGAUUUCAACAGUUUGCCAGAACAAAUGAGGGCAUUUAUAUUGUCGAUGCACUGCAGGGAGUACCCGCUCCUUAUCAAUCAACCUGGUAUGUGCAGGAGGAACAACAGAAGCUUGGGUCUGGGCUCUCCCAUGCUCCUCAUGGCUAUCAAAUCUCAAGUGGGGAACUUCGAAAACAGGCAGGCCAUUCGUGAAACAUGGGGACGCAGUGGUCUGGUGAGGGGGGAAUCGAAUAAAAGGGGCGGAUUAGUGCGCACAGUGUUCCUGCUUGGAAGGCAGGACUCAAGUACAGGUCCCCACCCAGACCUCAAAAACCUCCUGGAGCUUGAGAAUCAGAAGUACGGGGAUAUCUUACAGUGGGAUUUCCGAGACACUUUCUUUAACUUGACCCUAAAGGACUUGCUGUUCUGGCAUUGGCUCCAGCAAUACUGCCCCAGUGCUAUCUUUGUCUUCAAAGGGGACGAUGAUGUCUUUGUUCGGACAGGUGCCCUUCUGGAUUACCUGAACAAGCAAUGGGAUGAGCACAACCUGUGGAAGGCCUAUACAAAUGAAACUAACUUGAAUUUGUUUGUGGGAGAUGUAAUCAAUAACGCAAUGCCAAACCGGGAGCCAUCCACUAAAUACUACAUACCAGAACAUUUCUACAAAGGCGUGUACCCUCCGUAUGCAGGUGGAGGAGGGGUGGUGUACUCUGGCUCACUUGCUUUACGACUGAAAGAGGUGUCUGAGAGGGUGCACCUCUUCCCAAUAGAUGAUGUGUAUCUGGGCAUGUGCAUGCACAGACUCGGACUCUCUCCGAGCCAUCACCCGGGUUUUUUAACAUUUGAUCUCCCAGAGACGGACAGGGGCAAUCCUUGCGCUUACAGAUCCAUUCUGCUUGUUCACAGACGGAGUCCCAAGGAGAUGCUGACUCUAUGGAAGCAGCUCCACAACCUGCCAGGUCAAUGCUAA